UUUGUUGCUAAAAGAGUAAAAGGUUGUCCUUUUCUUUUAUAUUUUGUCCCUUUGUAUUUCCCAAUUUACCCUCAUUGUCUGCCUUCCUCGAGCUUCUCUGAUGUUGAAUCCUAGCCUUGCAUUGGAAAUCAUGGAGUUCGUGGGCGCCAAGGUCAGGAAAACUCCUUUGCAUGCCAGAUCUGCCUAUUCUCCGCCUCAUCGAUCUAUUCGAGCAUGGUGGCGAUGACGAUCGCUAGUGUUGAUUCCUCCGCGCCUGAGUAACCGCUAUUCAGUGCUAGUUCAGCCGCUUCGGGUGAGUUGUUUCUUUUCCCCUUUUAUUUUUAGUUGUAAAAAAGAUUUUGGUCUAUUCAUUGAGCUCGUCUAUUGUGUUGUCUUUAUGCCUAAGGUAGCAAGUUCGAUGGGAUCCGUACCUGUGUUGAAGUGGCCUAGGAAUGGUUAUAGAAAGCUGAAUCAUAAAGAACCCGAUAAUGCGCUACUUCCAAUGACCGAAUUGAAAAAGGGCAACAAGGCAUCCUUCGAAAAAAGUAAGAGUUGUCUUGAAAGUUCUGAUGAAUCUUAUGACAAGCAACUUCAUGGAUGGUAUGGUGCCAUUCAGAGACAGAUUCGAAGAUCUCAAUACCAAAUGCGAUACAGUCAACCAGUUCGAAUAACAGUUUCCAUUGUUGUUCUCCUUUGCUUGAUUGUUUUAAUUGCGAUUCGCGCAAUGUAGAAGGAAGAAGGCUUAGACACACGUGAUGAUAAUUGAUAUCAGUUUGUAGCUGGAAAGAGCAUGAGGAAUGACAAGCUUUUGCUUCAAGCUAAUUUAACAUUUCAAAUGCUUUGGGACUUAAUAUUUAUAGCCAACCAUAGCAUUUGCUCAGUUAUUCAUUUGUUGCUAAAAAGUUCUCCUUUUCUUCUUUUUUUUUUCCCUUCCUAUUUUAAAAUUGUUCAUCAAGAGCUCUCUCUUGUAGUGGUAUCACAAGUCAUAAGAUGCAUGAGAUGGAGAUGAAAGAGGGAAUGGACAUGUUAGGUGUGAUAUAUACUAUUGUACCUUCUUGAUGAGCUUUGGUUUUGUAUCGAAUCCUUUUGUAACAUGUACAUAUUCAAGAUGAUGUUUUAUUACUCU